CUAAGUUGGCGCAACUGUGCGCGCGUGUACCGGCAGGCGCGCGCGCUUUUUGCCUUUGCGGCUUUUUCGUCAAAAUGCGAAAAGCCCGAGAGCCUUUCGGGAAGGGUUCCCAGAGGGGUUCCGGGACCCCUUUUGGGGAGGGGUAGCACCAUCGUGAUUCGAAGAAAAAUC